AUGUGGCGGAUGUCAUAUUUCUGGCAUGAGCCUUACUGGCUUCCACGAAAUGUCACAUGGCCAGAGGUUCCAGCAAAAUUCGUGGAUCUUUUGGUCCCAAUAUAUUUGGCAAUUCCAUUGGUUAUUAUCAGAAUCCUUUGGGAAUCGACAAUCGGCGUGACUUAUCUCUACUUCAGAACAAAUGCAUAUGCUUCUCGGAAAAAUAUCACACUUCUCGGAUGUAUGUGGGAACACAUGACGGGCGGAUUUGCAAGUGUCUCCCGAGCCAAGAAGAUUCUCGAAUGUUUUUGGAGAUUCAGUUACUAUACAUUCGCUUUUCUCUACGGACUUUAUGUGAUGAAGAAUUCUUCAUGGCUGUACGAUGUGAAACAAUGCUGGAUUGGAUAUCCAUUCCAUCCUGUUCCAGACACAAUUUGGUGGUACUACAUGAUUGAAACCGGUUUCUACUAUUCACUUCUUAUCGGCUCCACAUUCGACGUCCGUAGAUCUGACUUUUGGCAACUAAUGGUUCAUCACGUAAUCACUAUAUUCCUUUUGUCAUCCAGUUGGACCAUUAAUUUUGUUAGAGUCGGAACCUUGAUUCUUCUCUCUCAUGAUGUUUCGGAUGUAUUCCUAGAGGGAGGAAAACUUGUUCGAUAUGAUGCUCACAACAAGAAUAUGACCAAUUUCAUGUUUGUACUAUUCUUCAGUUCAUGGGUUGCCACUCGUCUCAUCUAUUAUCCAUUCAUUGUUAUUCGCUCAGCAGUUACAGAAGCUGCUGCCCUUAUUCAGCCAGAUUACAUACUUUGGGAUUAUCAAUUGAGCCCACCAUAUGCACCUCGCCUCAUCGUUUUCGCUCUCAUUCUCCUUUUCUUCCUUCACAUUUUCUGGACUUUCAUUAUUCUUCGUAUUGCCUAUCGUACUUCAACCGGAGGGCAGGCUAAGGACGUCAGAUCAGAUUCUGAUUCGGAUUAUGAUGAGGAAGAAAUGGCGAGACGUGAAAGAACACGACUUCUUAAGAAGAAAAAGAAUAAGGUAUCUCCGAGCACCGACGACGAUGAUGACGAAGGAGAAGAAGAGAAAAAUGACAGAAAAGCUCGCCAUCGCAGAGCUCCUCGCAAGGAGUAGGACUUACUAAAUUCCCCCAAAAACUGAAAUAUCAGUUUACCCAAAUAGAAAUGUAUUGCUUACUUGUUAGAUCUUUAAAGAAUUCCUCUUAUUACAUUUUCCCCUGAAAUAUUUGAAAACGGUUCAGAUUCACGAUUUUCAGCUAUCCAAUAGCAUUUCCCCCUUUUUUUACUGAAAAAUCACAUUUCCCAACUGGUGAUCUCUUUUCUUUUCUAAAUUUAUUAAUCCUAUUUAUUGUUGCUUUUUUUGUUUUCUCUGUAGAUUUUUUUGGUUUUAUUUUUUCUUUAAAAUUAAAUUCUAGACAAUAAUAAAUUACCAGGGAUCCUUCUAUAUUCCUCUUUGGCACCUAUUUCAUGC